AGUGUUUCCGGUCGAGUCGGCGCACUGCAGCAGGCCAAUAAUUUAUUGCAAAAAAAAGGACCAAAUUACUUAGAAUUUAAUCAUAAUCUUUCAAUCUGUUUUCAGUGAGUAUAGUUUCAUAACGUUUUUUAUGAUUUUACUACUAUUUCAUGUAAUUAUAACGUAGCUGUGUUGAAAUUUCGUAAUUCUCUAUUAUCGCCUUCAGGCCUUUAGUUGAAAAAUAUCGUAGGAAAAUUUACUCGAACGCUCAUGUCGGCAAAGAAUAAACGAGGGAGAAGUAAUCAUUUGGAAUCUGAUGAUUCAAAGAUAAGUCAAAAGAGAAAAAGAACUGGAUCAAACGAAAAUAUUUGCCCGGACUCAACAUUGAAGACUAUACCCAAGAGAAGGCGGUUCAUUCUAAAGAGCUCGGACACCGAAGAAAUAUCUGACGCACCCCCUUCCCCUACUAAAAUUAAAGAAGAAUGUAACGAUAUUAAAAUUAAAAUCGAAUCCCAAGAGACCCUUCCACUAGAUGAUGAUGACUACGAUGAAAUUACUAAAGAUACUAUCAGCUCAAAAGUUGAAUUAGAGUCUCAAGAAACAGUAUUCUUAAACGAAUCAGAUAUACCAAAAACUGAAAUAUCAGAACUUAACGGACCCGCCAUUCCUUUUGAAAAUCCUCUAAAUUUAACUAAAGCGGAUUAUGAACAAGAUCUCGAAAAUAUAUCUUCAUUGCGCAAGAAAAUGGACUAUUUAAAAACCAAAAUAACUCAUAUUAAUGAAUGGCAAAUAUACGUUUCUUUGAGAAAUUGUAAUUACUCAAUGCAGAGUCUUCUAAUCAAGCACGGUAUUUCUGAUAAUUUAGGAAAUUUUGAUGACGAUUCUGAAACUGAUGAUAUAUGCCCAAAUUUAUCAAAGAAUGUAUCCAGAACUGCUAACCUUGGCAGUAUUAAAGCAAUGACCGCCGCCAGGAAACAGUUAUCACAAUUUAAAAAUGAUAACACGAAUAACGAAGCUAAAAAAGGAAGAGACAGCGAAUGUGAAGAUGAAGAUUUCAACAGAGAUGAGGAUGAUAGCGACUAUUCAGAUAGCGAAUGUAUGUCAAAAUCUACAGAAAAUAAUAUUCUGGCAUUUUUCAAUGAAUCUUUAAAACAAGAUCUGUUGGAUAUGCCUGGUUGUCUGGGAGCGAAGGCCGAUUUACUCAUUAAAAAUCGACCAUUCAAAGAUAUGGAUGAUUUAAAAAAGAAAUUAUCAAAGAGACCCUUAAAUGUACAGUUGAUACAAAACUGUAGAGAAUUGUUCAAAACUCGAAAAGCCAUUGAGGAUCUCAUGCAAAAAUGUGAAGAUAUUUCAUCAACAAUGGAAGGGAUAGUGGAGGAAAUCACUGGAAAAUCAACGAAAGUAAGCAGAUCUGUUAUAACAGACCUACCGAAGUAUUUAAACCAUACACUGAAACUGGCACCUUAUCAAAUGGCAGGAUUAAACUGGUUAGCCUUACUCUAUAAAAAUAAGAUAAAUGGAAUUUUAGCUGAUGAAAUGGGUUUGGGAAAGACUGUUCAGACUAUUGCAUUUUUAGGAUAUUUACGCGAGGUCGGUGUGAAAAAACCUCAUGUUAUUGUUGUUCCAAGCUCAACAAUUGAUAAUUGGCUAAGAGAAUUAAAAACGUGGGCACCUUUAAUGGAAGUACUCCUCUACUAUGGUAAACAAGAAGAUAGGAAGGCUAUACGCAUGGAUGUUUUUAAUAAAACUUGUGAUCACUUCGAUAUUAUUUUAACAACAUAUAACAUGAUAACUGGAAGUACUGAAGAUAGAUCACUGUUUAAAAAGAUGGAUAUUGAAUGUGCAUUUUUUGACGAAGGGCAUAUGCUGAAAAACAUGAAAUCUCAAAGGUUUACUAAUUUGAUGAAAGUCAAGUGUCAGAGAAGAUUUCUAUUAACUGGAACUCCUCUACAAAAUAAUCUCUUGGAAUUGAUGUCGCUUUUAUGCUUUAUUAUGCCUAAAUUGUUUAUCAAUCAAACAGAAGAGAUAAAAUCCUCCUUUUCAACAUCAAACAAUAACAAAGAUAAAUUGAAGACUGAUUACGAGGAAAAGAGGAUUGAUCAAGCUAAGCGUAUCAUUAAGCCAUUUAUUUUACGUCGUCUUAAAGCUGAUGUCUUAAAUCAGCUUCCGAAAAAGCUGUCAACUGUCGCCAGAGUUGAGAUGGACUCUGAUCAAAGUAGGAUCUAUAAGGAACUUGUUCAAAAAUUUAAAACAGCCGUCAAAAAACGCCAAGAAGCAAUUAAAAAGGGUGAAGAGGUUGGUGGUCAGGAUGGUUCCAUGCUGAUGGAUUUAAGAAAGGCGGCGAAUCAUCCACUGCUAUUGAGAAACUACUACGAUGAUAAGCUUUUAAGGAAAAUGGCGAAAGCGAUUGCGAAAGAAGAAAGUGAUAGAAAUGAGGAUUAUCUUUUCGAAGAUAUGCAGGCUUUGAAUGAUUUUGAAUUUUACUUUGAUAAAACUAUAUAUUUAUUAAAGUCUCUGAAAAAAUUCACUAUGGAUGAGAACAAUCUGUAUAAAAGCGGAAAAUUCGAUUACUUGCGAACUCUUUUGGCUAACAUUAAAGAAAAGGGUGAUCGACUUUUACUCUUUUCACAAUUCAAAAUAAUGUUGGAUAUCAUCGAACCAUUUCUGGAACAUCUGGGCUAUAAAUACUUGCGGUUAGACGGAAGUACUCAAGUUACUGACAGACAAGGAAAAAUCGAUGAUUAUAACGAAGAUUCCUCUAUUUUCGUUUUCUUACUAACUACUCGAGCUGGCGGACUAGGGAUAAAUUUAACAUCCGCCAAUACGGUUAUAAUUCAUGAUAUUGAUUUUAAUCCAUAUUGCGAUAAGCAAGCAGAGGAUAGAUGCCACAGAUUGGGUCAAAAGAAACAAGUUAACGUUUACCGUCUGUUGAGUAAGAAUUCUGUUGAAGAAGAUAUUUACAAAAAAGCUGAAAUGAAGCUUAAAUUAGAGAAGGACGUUACGGGAGAGAAAUCAGAGAGUGAUGUUGAUAUUGCCAACAUUCUAAAGGAUGCUUUGGCUUAG